AUGCAUACAGGCAUAAAACAUGUCAAGUACACAGAGAGAAAAGAGACAGAUGAAGAGGUGAUUUUCAAACUAGGGAAACUGGCUUUCCAACAGCUGGACAAGGGCAAUCUGAUCUUCUAUGAGGAGGACUUGAGAAAGUGUGGCAUUGAUGUCACAGAAGCAUCAGUGUACUCAGGAGUGUGUACUCAGAUCUUAAGAGAGCAGGCUGGGAUGUACCAGAGGAAGAUGUUCAGCUUUGUUCAUCUGAGCAUACAGGAGUUUCUUGCAGCUCUGUAUGUGUUUCUCUGCUUCAGCAACGGACAGAGAAAUAUGCCGGACCAACAGCAAACCUCUCAGCUCUCUGCUCUGUUCAGAGCUGCAACACUUUGUGACUUACACAAGACUGCAGUGGACCUGGCCUUACAGAGUAAGAAUGGACACCUGGACCUUUUCCUCCGCUUCCUUCUGGGCCUCUCACUGGAGUCCAAUCAGAAUCUCUUAAAGCAUCUUCUGCCGCAGAGCAGCAGCCAAUCAGACAGCUCAGAGCAAACAGUCCAGUAUGUCAAACAGAAGAUCAGAGAUCAGAAGAGCUCAGCAGAGAGGAUCAACCUGUUCUACUGUCUGAAUGAGCUGAAUCGCCAUUCUGUCGUGGAAAAGAAAAUCCCCUUAGAAACUCUGCAUGUAGAGACGCUCUUACCAGGGCAGUGGAAGAUUAAGACAUUUACAUUUAAGAUGUCAAAGGAGCAGCUGGCUGAGUUUGACCUACAGAAGUACAUAAAGACACCAGAGGAACAUCAGACUGAACUCCUCAAUCCAGAUGAAGUUCUUCAAAAGGUGCUACCAGCAGCCACAUCAGCUCUACUGGCAGGCUGUGGUCUCAGUGGAGAUUUCUGUAAGGAAAUGUCAGUUUUCCAAUCAGAAAACUCACUGCUAAUAGAAUUGGACCUGAGGAAUAAUCCCCUGAAGGAUUCUGGAGUGGAGCUGUUGUCUGCUGGACUGAAGCACAAGAACUGCAGACUGGAGAAACUGAGACUGGAAGAUUGUGGUCUCAGUGGAGAUUCCUGUAGGAUCCUAUCAUCAGUUCUCCAGUCAGAAAACUCACAGCUGAGAGACUUGGACCUGAGUGAUAAUCCCCUGGGGGAUUCUGGAGUGGAGCUGCUGUCUGCUGGACUGAAGCAUGCUAUAUGCAGACUGGAGAUACUGAGGUUGCAUAACUGUAAUCUGACCAAUAAGAGCUGUUCUUAUCUGGCCCCUGCACUGACGACAUCACACUCAUCAAAUAUCAGAGUGCUGGACCUGAGUUGCAAUAAUCUGCUGGACUCAGGAGUGGAACUUUUAUGUUCUGCUCUUAGUCAUCAAUGCAAACUGGAGGAUCUACAGCUGUAUGACUGUGAUCUAACAAAUAAGAGCUGUUCCUAUCUGGCCUCUGCACUGAAGACUUCACACUCAAAUAUCAGAGUGCUGCACCUGGGUUACAAUAAUCUGCUGGACUCAGGAGUGCAACUUUUAUGUUCUGCUCUUAGUCAUCACAACUGCAAACUGGAGGAACUGCGGCUGGAUAGAUGUGAUCUGACCGAUAAGAGUUGUUCCUGUCUGGCCUCUGCUCUUAAGUCUCGCUCCUCAAAUCUCACACAGCUGCACCUGAUGUACAAUUACGAGAUGAGUGCAUCAGCUGUAGAGCCGCUCCGUGCUCUAGUGAAGGACCCAGACUGUAAACUGGAGACACUACGGUUGGGUGGUGACUUGGAUAAUUGGGCAAAAAGAUGUUUGUAGAGUGUAUGUGCCCUGAGCUGGAUGGUGGUGCAGAAGCUCUCUCAUGGUCUCAUGUCAUGAGGGUGGGAUCCAGCACACAGGUUACAGGUUAUGGGUACGCAGGCCAGUCACAGUGUUUAAUUUUCAAUAUCCAAUAUAAAUUUUAUCAUUUAGUGUAGUCGUUUUAUUUUAUUUUUUUGUUUGCGCUCUUUGAGUUAGGACAGUGUUUCUCAAACUUUUUCAGACCAAGGACCACUUAACCAAUAAAACAACCCUCACGGCCCACCUUGACGUUAACUGUCCUUUGAGCAGGCUUAUUGUCAAGAGCACCAUAUGUCUUAUUUAUUUUUUAUUUUAUUUUUUACUUUUAUUAUUUGUUAAUUUGUGUGUUGUCUGUGUUGUAUGUCUUGGUGUCACUGGUGACCACACCCCUCCAUCCGGCAUCUUUUGUCUAAUGUAUCAAUGUAUGCAUCAAUGUAUGUGAAGUAAAAAGCGCUAUAUGAAUAAAAGUUACCUUACCGCACACACACACACACACACACACACACACACACACACACACACACACACACACAAACACACAAACACUCUGUUGUGUGAGGCACAAAACUGUGGACCUGUCGUAUGUGUAUAGAACUGUGGACUUU